UACAGACAGCCUGCACCAGAGAUCUGAGCCAUGGGAUCUGAGCAGCCGAGCAACCAGGAGCUGUAUACAACACACUGGCACCAGUGAGUGAGCGAUGGGCGUGUCCGCCUCAUCCCAGCAUCAUGCUGCGCGUGCCGCCACCGCCGCAUCUUCCGCAGAGGACGUCCGCAAGAUCCGCGAGUACGACGAGCACCUGGUGGCCGUGGCGUUGAAUGGAGGCUUCGGGCGGGAUGCCACCGGCCUCACCGAGUUCAUCAUCAAACACGGCCAGAAGCAGACCAGUGUAUCCAUCACUCGGCUGCGCAAGUACCUCAGCAAAAGGGCCGACGUGUACGCGGCCGUGGACGCACUCAACGAGCACUACGGCCUGCUGAAUGAGGACACACAGGGGCACACCCGGAAGCGCCUCAAGUGGGGCGUCAAGAAGCUGAGGAGCCUGGUGGACUAUGAGUAUUCGGGCUGCCCCUUCGACUUGGACUUUGUGGUGGCGUCGAGGUGCCAGCUCUUCCAGGAGCUCUUCCUCGCCUCACUCAGAGAACACCAGGUGCGCUCAACACAAACACACACACACACACAUGGAUGGAUGGAUGGAUGGACGGACGGAUGGAACCACGUGUGUGUCUGUCAUGGCUUGUUUGUCUUUGUGUCUGUCAUGGCUUGUUUGUCUUGUCGUCAGAAGCGCGGCGGUUCGCGCGAGGCAUCAGCAUCUGACGGGUCGUCGCCCCCGCUGCCGCACUGUCUGGCCUACUAUGACCGUCUGCCGCAGCAGGCACGGGACAGCCAGUGCAAGCGCAUCAUUCACACCAUCUUCCAGCAAGACAACGGAGGUACGCCCGUACUUGUUGGGUUAUAUGGUGUGUGUGGAUGCCUAUGCCUCUUCCUUCCAGACAAGAAGUGGCUCCAGGUGCUUCUCGCGCGUGCCGGCGAGUUCCCCAACCUGGAAUGGCCCUUCGCCGUGCCGUCAGGUCCCCCUUCGAGCCCUCCCCCUUCCCUGCCCCCUUCUCUGGCCACUGCCAGCAGCCCCGCCCCAUCAGCCGCAUCGCCGCCUGCACCAACCGCCACGAGUGGUGCUGGUGCUGGUGCUGGCAACGGCAACAGGGCCAACAGCACUGCCACGAGUGGCGGUGGCGGCCCUGCACCGACGGCCACGUCAGAUGCGGCCGGUGCGGACAAUUCUUCGCAGCAGCAGCAGCAGCAGCAACAGCAACAGCAGCAGCAGCAGCAGGACGACUCGACCAAUGGCACACUGGCCGAACACAGGGUAGGUACCCUGCACACACUCACUAAGCUCACAACACACAGCACACAGACACAGACGUGUUCCCCGUCUCUCUCUCUGUGUGUGUGUAGGCGUGUGCGAUGUCGGAGUCGCUGCUGCAGCUGCUGUUCGACAAGGCCAAGGAGCACCUGAUGAACCGCAUAGCCCCCCCGCCGCCCCCGCCCCCCGCACCCCCACCACAUCCGCCAACAUCGCCCAACGCGCCUGCCAAGGACGACCAGACGGCCAACCAGAAGGGCAGCAAGGCCAAGAAGAACAACAAGCGCAACAAGGGCAAGUGGGACAAGGAGAGGGAGGACAAGGAGAGGGAGAGGGAGAGGGAGCUGCAGCAGCGGAGGGAGAGGGAGAAGGAGAAGGACGGCAAGAAGGGCAGCAAGGGGGGCAAAGGUGGCGGGGGCGGCGGCGGCGGUGAGACCACCCCUGAAGAGAUGAGAGUGGACAGGAACACGGGGGUGUGUCUGUGUCACGUGCUGAGGCGCGUGGCCAUGACGUUCCUAUUCCACGCGGCCACCUGCAAGGACCCGCAAGCAGAGGUGGUGCCCAUACAGGUCAGUGAGGGAGUGAGCACAUCCAUCCACCUUGCCUUAACGGAUGCAUCUGUCUGUUCGUGCUGUCAUGUGUGUGUGUGUGUCUGUGUGUGUGUCAGAGCCUGACGUCCUUCUGUCUGCACCUCCUGCGUGUCCUCAAGGAGGCCCUCCACCACCUGGAGGAGCUGCACAUUCAACACAAACGGUACCAGUACCAGCUCCCCGCCACAGCCCUACCCGGCACACCAACACCAACACCAGCAGCUGAUUCACCAGCGCGGCAGGACAGCUGCCACAGCAGCAGCAGCGGCAACAACAACAACAAUGACACGUCUGGAAAGCCGUCCUCUCCCCGUCCGAUCCCCUCGCUGAGUCACUCUCUCGUCGAUGUGGUGGCGCUGCCGACUUUCUAUGCGUUGGGCGGUGUGUGUCUGAACCCCUGUGUGCGCAAGCUGGUCGUGGUGGUGCUGCCGAAGCUGCAUGGCGUGCUCAUCCAGCUGGACCGAUUGGCGGCACACGAGUGAGCGCACUCGACACAGAGACAGAGAGGCAGGGAAUGGCGUUGAAUGGGUGUGGUGGUGUUUGUAUGUGUGUCGCUCAGCACAUUCUCCCGCCAGCUGUGCGAGAAUGUCUAUCGGUACACGCUGCCCACCCCCGUCCUCUCCAUCACCGACACAGACUCUCGCGUCGACCUCGUCCCAGAACAGAAGACACCCCAAUGGCGACCCACCACCACCAGCACCUGCAGCACCUCCAGCGCCAAACCCACCAUCAGCGACGGCUUCCUGCCCGAGUCGUCAUGCCCCCCUCACGUCAAGGUGGUGGAGUCGCACCACCCCUACGCUCGGCAGCAGGGCAGCAGGAGCGGCCAGACAGCUGGGCUGGUGGGCAACGAGCGGGUCUCCCGAGUCGUCCACUUCGAGGGCGCCUCCCAGAUGAGCAUCAUAUUCGACGAACGAUGCAACACCGAGAGACACAGAGAUACGCUGGAGGUGAGAAUUGGGACAGACAGUGGAGGGAGCAAUGGGGGGGAGGUGAGGGAGGGGCAUUGAUUGUCUGGUUGUUGUGUGUUGUCAGAUCUACACCGGUUCCUACUCAUCGUCACUGGCGGGCCCUCCGACGUCGUCGCGCAUCCUGGGCCCUCUGUCAGGCGAGUCGCCCCGGUGGCCCAAGAACAGAAUCGUCGUCGAACACCCGACAGUCACACUCACCUUCUCCUAUGGUACCUCCUGCACGCACACACACACACACUCACACAGAUGGAUGGAUGGAUGGUUUGACCAGACCCCAACCACGGCGGCCACUACUGGGGCUAUCGCGUCUACUUCAUCGCCCAGUUCUGGGCCAUCCCGCGGCCGCUCCUCCCGCCGCUGUACCCCACCCCCACUCAGUCCAUCGUCACAUCCACAUCGCCAGCACCAGCAGCAGCAGCAGCAGCAGCGGCAGCGGCAGCGGCAGCGGCAGCGUCGCCGCCCCCACCACAGCCCCAACCACCACAGUCGUCCCCAGAGUCACCAGAGGGUGUCAGCCAGGGAGGGCCCGUGACGCCCUCCCCGCGACCGCCCCCCUCAUCCCCCCCACCAGUGACACGGGGGCCCCCAUAUGUGGUGGGGGGGAUUGGGCGAGGCGGCAGCCCUUCCAUGACGUCGUCAAGGGCGUCGGUGGGCCGUGGCGGUGCGGCAGGGGGAGGUGGAGGUGGGAGGGGCAGGGGAGCGUCGCCUGAGAUGAUGCCUGGUGGUGGUGCGUCACCACCUGCUGGUGGUGGCGGUGGAUGCAGCCCGACUCGGAGAGGGGGUGACGGAGGCGGGGAUGGGGACGGGGGCAAGGUCAAGCUGCCAUUGGCUGUGGACCUGCUCCUGGCGACAUCGAGCGCUCUCGCGGCGUCAUGCGGUGAGCCGAUAGCACAUUCCGAGCAGCGUCGGGCCACCUGAUUGUCUCUCCCUGUUUGUGUGUGCAGCACUGUUGCUGCGCGGCCCGACUGUGAGUGAGUCGGAGACGAAGUACGCCAGUGUGCUCAACUCGAGUGUCUUCUCGGGAGGAUUCCAGGAGGAGGAGACACCCGUGCUGCGGGUGCGUGUGCACAGACACACGACAGACAGGCACACACACAGGCCAGGCCGCCGUGUAUGAGGUGAUUGCGUAUGGUGGUUGUGCAAUGUAUGGAUGGAUCAGGGAUUGACGGCCCCGAUGUCGCCCAGCGGCACUCACCUGGCGCAGGCCUCGCCCGAGGCGGGGCCACUGCUCCACUUCCCCGACACACCCACCAGCUCACAACCACAAAUGAGCCGUACGCACCCCCCAAGCCCCCCGAGAGACAGAGAGAAGGAGGGAGGGAGAGACGGAGUGAGACAUGGAGUGUGUGUGUGUGUGUGGAUGGUUGCAGGUGAGGGUUCGUCCGGUGAGGUGGAGUUCGAGAUGGAGGAGCUGGAGCUGCCCUCCCCAAUGGAGAUCGACCCCGCCACCAUCGCCCCCACUCCCACACACACCUCGCCAACCGACAUGCCCCUCUCCCUCGUGCCGUCACCCACGGCAGGCCAGGCAUCCAGGGACUUCGUGCAGCAACACCAGCACCAACACACACACAGGGGCCGUGCACAAGUGCGAAGCAGGAGUGGCAGCGGCGUCGGCACGGCCCAUGAGGACGACGCAGCCCGGGAGAGGGAGCGGCGAGCAGCCAGCAGCGUGCAGGAGCAGCUGCAGCCAUGGCUCAGGAACUCACAGCAGUUCUACAACGACGGUACGAAUGACCAGCACACACACAAACACACACACCCCAUCUCUCUCUCUCUCUCUGACGCUCUCUCUAUCUCUGUGUGUGUGUUCAUCUCCUUCUCUCAGUCGUCGACGGCGAGGGUCUGGGCGCCCUCCUGUCGUCCGUGUUGGACGCGGCGUCUCAGCUCGAGACGGAGGCGAGAAAGGGCGCCGGUCGCGACGCCAUGGCGGCGGCUGCCGAGCGGCUUGGCGGGCCGGGCGUCAGCAGGGCUGUCAGGGCCUAUGCCUGCUGCUUCUUCAAACACCUCGGCAUCACUGGUACGGACCACUGCGUGGUGGUUCUUGCUUUCUCUGAUGGAUGGAUGGCUGUAUGUUCAGAGUUGGCCAUCCGUGUGGUGGAGAAGUGCCUUGUGGCGGAACAGCAGCAACACCAGCAGCAGCAGCAGAGCGCAUCAAGCACCAGCACAGUCACCGACCAGCCAAGCGCCCCAGACAGCCACCGACAGAUGGCGCAGGCCAUCCUCAAGGACCGCGUAUGCACUGCAAUAUGGCCGCACACACAACACGCCAUGCGUCCCUUAUGUGUGUGUGUGUGUGCGUGUGCGUGUGCGCGUGCAGAGCUUUGCCCCCCUUGUGUCGGUGUGGACAUUGAGCCGUCGCAUGCGGCCGUGGGUGGUGAGUGAGCGGCAGAAGGCUGCCCUCAACCUGGAGGAACUCAAGCAGGCACACCAACAGCAGCAGCAGCAGCAGCAGCAAGAUCAAGACGGCGGACAGCAGCAACCCGACACACCCACAGCAGGCACCGAAGGCAAGAAGGUCAGUCAGCGACAAGCACUUUGGAACAGGCGCACCAUCUCACCGUACCCCUGUUGCGUUGCGUGGAUUGGAUGCAACAGAGAGAGCUCGAGGCGCUGUGCUCUUACGACUACUGGAGCAGCGUGCAGGUGUCCAAGGCCCGUGUCCUCCUCUCCCUCGCGCCAUGCCGCAAACCAAAGCCCCCCUCUACCCACCACCACCAGCCGCCAGCCCCCCUCGCCCCCCAAACAGAGGACCUCUCCACCGCUGCCAAGAGAGAGCGACGGAGCAGACAGAGGCGCCGUGACGGUCAGGGUGGCGGUGGUCUGUUUGAGAUGGAGAUGCUUGCCCGGUGUCUGGGUGAGGUGCUGUGUGGUGACGGCGGGUCGGGGCGUGCGCGGCUGGAGGAGCUGGCGAGACACAAGGGGGAUGAGGGGUCCACUGAUAUGGACAGGUGAGUGAGAGUGGUUGGGUGAAUGGAUGGAUGGAUGGAUGUCGUCACGGGUCGUUCGUCUGUGCGUGUGUGUGUCUCGACAGGUUACGUAGUCGGUUCACGAUGUGGCAGGAGCUGCAGCACUUUGCGGCGUGGAAGCGGGAGGCCACGGCGCUCUCUUCAUCCGAGGCAGAGGAAGAUGAAGAGGACAUCGGUGCGUACGGUCGUAUGUACGGUCACGAAGCACUGCACAGCACAGGACAUGAGCGACGGCCCUGUGUAUGUGUGCGUGUGUGUGUGUGUGUGUUGGGUCAGACGAUGAGAGUUUGGUCCACAGCAUCGUCAGCGGCAUAUCGUCCUUCAUGCUCAUGCUCCCGCCCCCACCACCACACGACACUAACCAACAAGCAAUCGGUACCCACCCCUCACCCAUUGCACACACACACGCACACACACACACGUGUGCCAACAUGCCCCCUUCCCCCUGUGUGUUCAGAUGAGGACACCGACCUGAGCCGUCUGCGUGAGGUGCUCCGCAGCCGUCAGUCGCGUGCAGAGGGCCGCAUCCAGGCAUACGACCUCGUGUGCAACUGUCUGGCCAACCUGCACUUCCCAUACACCCUCCGCACCCUACUCAAGACGCUCCGCUCGCUCGGCCGGGAGGUGCCGUCCCUCCAGCCGGUGGCCUCCGUGCCCUUCUCCACCUUCCUCAACGUCUCACCCAGCCCCUCCACGACAGGCAGCGGGCUCGGGCAGCAGGAGGUGCUGCAGCUGCAGCGAUACCGCAACGCCUGUUGGGGCUUCUUGCGGCCUUAUGAGUAUGGCGGUGGGGGGGAGAAGGGCGGCGGGCUGGACUGGCACUACGCCGACAACAUCAGGGGCUGCGGCAGAAAGACUGAGCGGCAGCUGCUCAAGUCAUUCUACCGCACGGUCGCCGUCAUUGUGGGCGCCAUGAAGCGGGGACCCACGAGACCUGACGUCCACACCAUCUCACUGCCCGCAGCUGCACCCCACUCGCACACCGAAGCAUCCCCCUCCCCCUCCCCCUCCCCGCCCCCGCCCCCAGAAGAUGCAGGCGACUCCCCGGCCUUUCGGUGUGUGUCUGGCGGUGCCAGUGGUGGCGGUGACUCCAGGGCUUCUAGCUUGGGAGUGCAGCACGGGCUGGAGAUGACGGGUGUGGGUGUGGGUGUGGGUCACCACCAUGGCGAGUGGCCUCUAUGGCCGGUGUGUGUGGAGCGGACGGCACUGUCGGCGCUGGCGACCUUCUCAUGGAGAGAGACUGACCACAAGGCGGGUAAGUGAGCUCAGCUCGCUGGCACGCGACACGCCGCGUGAGCCGCUAUGAGAGGCUGGCUAUGUGUGUGUGUGUGUGUGUGUGUGGGCACUGAUCAGUGAUUGAGUCCGGGGCGCUUCACGGCAUCCUGCAGCGCGCCACCAUGGCCAUCUCCAUAUCGACGGCGGUAGCCGCAUCCGCCCACCCCCCAUGUCUGGAGGUGGAGACCUCCCACGACACCUACCUCUACCUCCUCACCUUCUCCAUCUACUGCCUCCGACUCGCCGCCCUCCACUCCUCACCCGCACGACGAGUCGCACUCGGGCUCUGCGGCGAGCGGCUCCGGGCUUUCGCCCUCACCCUGCUGCAGACAGCCUUCCCCACCCACCCCCUCAUCACCUCGCCCACCAUCACCAACACGGAGCGGCAGCAGCCGUCGACAAGACCCCCACCCCUUCAGCUUCACUCGUCAACACAGCCACGGACCAUCCAGGAUAUGACCAAGAUGAUGGCUAUGGGUGCCGCUGCCGCUUCUGCUUCUGCUGGUGGCCGUGGAGAUGGGGGGUCCCCUGCGCAGAGGUCCGAGCCAUCACCGUCGCCGCAGCGAGUAGUGUCGGAUGGAGCGGGCAGCAGCGGCUCACCCCCCAUGUCUGAGCCACACCAGCAGCAUCAGCGGACGACGGCAUUCGGUGACAUGGUGGCCACCACGAGCACACGGCGGCGUGUGUCGCUGAGUGCGGUGCUGGGGUCGGAGACGACAAGGCAGGGUGUGCUGCAGGUGACCACAUUCGAGGCCAUCGAGUCGUUCACCGCCUUCUUCCUCUCACACCUGCUGGCCCUCACUGUGCGGCUCUUCUCGCCCAGCAGCCACGCCCCGCCCCUAGCAGACGUCACGCCAUCAGCUCACCCCAACCGCUCAGCCGAGGCCCUCCGCCGCCCGUCGAUGACGUCGGUUACGUGGAGCCCCCCACAGCAGGCGGCAGACGGUGACACCAAGGCCAUCAUGGCCACACUCGCAGAGCUGGACCCGCAAGCCGAGGCUGCGAGGCGGCUGCUGCGGACCUCAGAGGAGAUGGCGGCCGGGGUGGUGUGCUGUCUGCAGUCGGGGGUGGCGCGGCUCGUCCGGCUGGCCGUUCGGUUUCUGGCCCGUGUUGCCCCACACCUGGAGCCUGCCGACGUGUCGCGGCUGUACAGCCAGGCCUUCUCGCUCAUCCAGCCGAGCCUCCUCGCCUUCGCCCCCUCGCCCCUGACAUCCACGUCAUCCCCCCCGCCCACCACCACCGCCAUCGCCCCUGCCGACACAGAAGCCUUCCUGAAGUCCCUCCUGAUGCACAUCGGCUAUUGUGUGGCGGUGUGCGACCCCUCUUCGGCCCGGGAGAGGAUGGCAGCUGUGCCGCGGAAGUACUGGGUGUCGGAGGGGAGCAGUGGGCUGCACGCGCUGAUGCAGAGGUGGGAAGGGAGUGCGGCCAAGUGGGGCCCGGGGGGUCUCUUCCUGGCCGUGACGGCUGGGGCGGCGAGCGAGUGUGCGCAGGAGGGGGUGUCGCUCGUGCGGAUGAUGCUCGCCACAACCAAGGGGACCGACGCCGCCAGGAGUUGGAGGCGGGCCAUUCACCCACAGUUGAAAGGUAAGGGACAGACAGACACCACCAUCACACCACACACACAGAACACCAGAGCAACACACAUACACACAAUUAAAUGUGUCUCUCUCUCUCAUCAGAGGCCCUGAAGAUAGCGUCCGUGGUGCUGCGUCAUGACGGCGGGAAGGGCGGCCCGCUGAGCUGGGGGGACCUGUGUUGGUGCCUGGGCGGUCUGGCGGUGAUGGGCGGGGUGUGUGAGCAGCUCCGGGUGGGGGCCGUCGUGCAGCACAAGUCAUCCGUCGGGGCCGACUCGGAGAGGGGCGUGCUCGUGAGGCAUUCGCGAUGGGACUGCCAAGCCGACGUGCUCCUCUUGGCACCAAACACCACAAGUAAGUGGGCUUUCAUCCCAUCUAUCACACACAUGCAGUGCAGACCUGCACAGCACAGGCAGAAACACGCGACACCUGCCUCUGUCUGUCCGUCUGUGGCUGGGUGCAGGUCGAUACGUCCCCCGUGUGCUGCCCGUCAAUCCCCAGGUGGUGGUGCCCGUGGGCCUCGUCGAGACUUCAGCGGCACUUUUCACCUCACCAUCAUCCCUCCAACCCUCGUCCACCGCCUCACCUUUCGCCCUAAGCACCAUCAAGACCAGCACCGACAGCAAGGACACUGCUGGUCCGGCAAUCGAGGACCCCGAUCUGGUGGAGGCCCUUAUUGCUGUGGCAAUGGUGGCCGAGAAGGGCUUGAGGUCGGGGGCAGAGGAGAAGGACAGUGCUCUUGGUGGUGGGAGUGGUGGUGGCGUGUGUGUGGAUGGUGAGGAGGGGGGCGAUGAGUGUGUGUGCGAGGGCGGGGGGCUGGAGAUGCUGCGGCAGCAGAUCCAGACAAUGGCGCUCACGGCCAUAUGCGAAAUGCUCAAGGACAAGGCUGUCGUCGGUAGGAUGAACACAUACACACACACACACAGAGAGAGAAAGGACCAAAGAGAAGCCCACUAUCAUCUGUCUGUGCGUAUGUGUGUGUCCCCCAGAAAUGGUGCUGUCUCGCCAGAAGGAGCUGUUCCAGCCGCUGUUGGACAUCUCCCUCCGCCCGGUGCAGGUGCGGUCCUUCACCGGCCUUCGCGACCUCCACGAGCGGGCGCAGAAGCUGCGGCAGCUGGCCAGGGACAGGCUGCAAAACACCGUCGGGCCUGAGCAUCGCCGUCUGGUCCGCCAGACCCAGGCAGACGCCAUCCCGCACUCGACCUUCCGGCUGUUCAAGGGCCUCCUGCCCACUGCAUGGGACUCCCAGACGGCCCGGCACUUCAUCUUCAGCACCUCCAACUUCCGCCACCUCUACCGCCUCUCGGGCGAGCAGCUCCUCACCCCAUCAGCAUCCAGGGGGGACGCACACGCACACCCCCAACACCCACACCACGCUGCCCGCGGCCCGGGCAAUAACGUGACCGAGACCGUGACGGGCGUCCGUGUGACGUUCAUCGAGACGGUCCGUCAGCAGUCGUCGGACGGUGUGCUGCUGGCUGCUCAGGAGGAUGAGGGAGAGGAGGACGACGAGGGCGAAGACGAGGAGGGCGAGGAGGAGGAGGAUGAAGAGGAGGAUGAAGAGGAGGGGAAUGGGGAAGGAGAUGACGACGGAGACGGUGACGGCGAUGGGGAUGAGCCGCCCAUGACGGGGCCAGGGGGUGCAGCUCAGCCACAACCACUGCCACCACAGCAACAGCAAGAGCAGCAGCUGCAGCCACAGCAGCAAGAGAUGUUCCAAGAGUUCCAGGAGGCCCGGGGGGACUCUGCUGACGACCAAGAGGUCCAGGAGGCCAGGGCGGACUCUGCUGACGACGAGUUCAGGGACGCACAAGGCCCCUCGUCGAGCGAAGACAACGAGGCCUCAAUGCAGGAUGCUCGCGAGGCGCCCUCAGAAAGUGGCGCCCAGCAAGAACCCCCCGCAGCUGACACAGCCAGCCCCCCUGCCACCCAGCCGCCGCCACAGGAGCAGCCACAGCCGCCUAGUCAAGGAGAGCCUUUGGUCCCGCCGGCUGUCCCCCCACCAGUGGACGAGGGGUUCGGCGAGGCAUUCCUGCCGCCCGCAGCUGCUGCUGCUACUCAACAACAGCAACAGCAGCAGCAGCAGCAGCCUCCGAUACCCGAUGGUCCACAGGGGGGCGUGCCCUUCGCUGAUGACGACAUGGCCUAUGACGAUGAGCUUGCCUUGGCCAUCGCCCUGUCGCUGGAGGUGAAUCGGUUACAUCACGACCAGCUCCCGGCCGAGACGGCCGCCCCUGCAGACACGAGUGGGAGCGGCCCCUCGCCCAGUCAGCAGGAGAGCCAGGCGUCCUUCCAGCAGCCUCCCGGCGAUCAUGAGCCCGUGGCUGCAGAGGCGGGGUCGGCCUCGUCAGCGACAUCGCCCGACCACCCACCACAUGCAGCUGCCCCUCCGCAGGCCGCAGGAGAGACGAUCCAGCCGCCGCAGCAGCCGGCCCCCCUGCCAUCAUCCGAUGUCUCCCCUCCUGCCAUCCACACACCGGCACCAUCGCCGGCAGCGGGCCUUGCUGGUGACGCAUCGCCAUCCUCUGCCGCUCAGGAGCCCCAGCAGCAGCAGGAGGGUGGAGGGGCGGGUGAGGGCGCCGGUGAGAGCCGUGGGGGCCAGAGCUCCCCUGACAUCACUGCGCAGGACGAGGCGCUGGUCAAGGCCCUUGACCAGGCGGGGGCCAUGAACGAAAGUGUCGCACGGUGAGUGAGUGAGGCAGGGAGUCAGGGAGCACAAGCAGACAGGAGAGGAUGCAUGUGUGUGUCUGUGUGGAUGAAAGGUCCAACAACGCGGUGCCGCACUCGCUGCCGGGUUACUACUUCGAAGUGACCAUCCUCGACCUGCCGGAAGGAAGUAAGGAAUCCACGGAACGGCAGAAGGUGGCAUGACUGGUCUGUGUGUGUGUGUGUGUGUGUGGUGCUGGCUGGCAGGUCUGGUGAGUGUGGGAUUGCAGCGUGACGGCCACAGGAUGGACGGCGGGCCGGGUUGCAACUACUCCUACGCCUACUGCAGCGAGUGAGACACACAAGCAAACAGACGACAGACAGACACAUGCAACGCACACCACACCCUCCAUCUAUCCCAUCUGCUUGCCUGUCUUCCUCCCUCAUAUGGAUGGAUGGAUGGAUGGAUGGCUGCAGUGGUCGCUUCUGCCACUCCACCGACGAGUUCCCCCGCCGCACGGCCAACGGCCCCCCCUUCCAGGCGGGCGACACCAUCGGCGUCGGCUACCACAGACAGAGAAAGAUGAUCUUCUUCACCAAGAACGGGCGAUGCACCCAAGUCCAGCUCCCCUCGCCCUCCUCCUCGUCCCCCUCCUCUGCCGACCUCCUCUGCGACGAACCCGUGCCGGCCUUCAGCCAGUGGACCGGCAACAUCCGCGUGCGCCCGAUGGUGUGGGCCGAGGGGCUGCAGGGCGCGGCGGUGAGGGCCAACUUCGGCCAGGAGCCAUUUAAGUUCCCCUACGAGGCGACCUUGACCGACGAGGACAUCAGCGAGAUCGCUGGCGAGCUGGGCGAGGGGGAAGGGGGCGAGGAGGGCCCGGCCGCGCAGCACCUGUCCGAGCAGGAGCGGCAGCGCCGCACGCUGGCAGAGUUCCUUUCGGAGUUCCACCCACACAUUCCACUGCAGCUGUGCAUACUGGCUUUGGAGCGGUGCGGGGACAACCUGGAUGUGGCCUCCAACUGGCUGUACGAGAACCAGGAGAGGGAGAUGGAGCGGAUGGAGGCCAACAUCCUCGAGUUCUCACGGCAGGAGGCCGAAAUGCGGCAGCAAGAGGACGAGGAACGGCAGGUGCAGCAGCUGCAGCGCGACUACGACGAGCUCACCGAUCAGGAGCUUCUCGAGGCCUUCGGCAUAGAGGAGCUGCCGCAGGCCGGACCCUCCCCCGGGCCCCCUCCGCCCCCGUCAGACCACCCCUCUGACGGCUCACCCACCAGCGCCUUCCUGCCCUCAAACCCCGAUUUGCCCCUUCCUCCGUCAUCUGACUUUGUCCAGCGUCUGCGUCGCCGAAUGCAGGAUGAGGUGCAGACCACAGAGGAGGUGGUGCUCUCACUCAUUCAGGGCAACCGGUAUGACGAUCUCGACAUGGAUGGCGGCGAGGAGGACCAGCAGGCGCCUCUUGGGGUUGCCAACGCCAUGGCCAACGCAGGGGCCGGCGCACGCAGCAAUGCUGGUGGCGGCGAGGGAGGGCGGUCGGGCGAAGGCGGCCUGGCCAGCGGGGCCGGUGGGGGCCGCGACAGCGACCGACGGAGCACUAUCAAAGUGGAGGAUGUGCGCAUAGGCACCAUGCUCCGCAUCGACCCCGACCCGGCACACAUGGUCGGGCUGGAGAGCGCGACAGACGGGGCACCCACCAGACACAUGUGGGAGGUCGGCGGCAGCCAGGCCACCGCCCUGGUGGAUCUGUGCGACGGACAGAGAGGGGGCGGGUCGGCGUGGAUGCGGCUGGCCGGCCGUCACGGAGUGGUGUGGGAGAUCGACGCCAACGCCAAGAUCGUGGUGCUGGAGGUCUGGGAGGCCGGCCGCUCCCUCCAGAUGCUCGUCAGGGUGCCCCUGGCCGCCUGUAGCAGACCCACUGCCAGAUGGCUCAACCCACUCGACAGCAUGCUCCCGAACCCCGAGACAUCCCCAGACAGCCUGAGGGACACUCUCGACCUCCUGCAAGAGACCGAGGCGGCCGUGGCCAGCCUACAGGUCCGCCACACUGCUUUGUGGAUUGUUGCCGAGUCGGAGGCGGACCGCUUCCAGGUCGAGGACUUCAGCUCAUUCCAGUCCUUCCUCAAGCUCCUCAAGCUCGCCUACGCCGAGCUGGGGCCGCCCUUGGCAGGCGGGGAUGCCUCGGGCGCAUCAGCGACGGCUGUCGGCCCUCAACCGAGCGACUCCGAUGCCGCAGACCGCGAGCAAAGCGGGUCUGCGUCUCACGUGUUGCUGCAGUCACUUCUCGGGCUGCUGCGCCGUUUCCUGGAGCACGACAGCAAGGGUCAGCUGGUGGAGAGUUUGGUGGAGGAGUGCCAGGCGCACUUCCACAAGUCGCUGGUUUACCAGUUCCCAAGAGAGGUGCGCGAGAGUGACCACCCCUACAAGGAGGGCAAGGACGAGCGGUCCUCAGUGUACAUCCCCGGCUGCCAGCGGCUGCUCGCCAUAUUCGACCCAAGAUGCGACCUCGCAAACGACGCCAUGACGGCCGUCCAGAUCUAUACCGACGAGCACUACGACGUCUGCGCCUUCAGAGGCCAGGCGGCCGGACUCGCCGGCCGUGCGGUCGUCGUGGGGUCUAACACCUGCUGGCUGCGGUUCACGAGCUCGCCGACGAGCAGCCAGAAGUGGGGGUACUCGGUGGUGUUCUACCCGCUGGAGCUGAGGCUGGGCGACAGGGAGGCGCUGGAGUCGGACAAUGUGCACCUGGGGGCGGCGCUGCUGAAGCUCAUCCUGCAGGAGAACGUCAUCCCAAUACAGAGGAAACUCGCCAUGCUCCCCCGCUUUGUCGACCUGCUCCUCAGCCUGGCUGCCGACCGCCCGUCAUGCCGCCCAUCCGCCGCACCGCUGCUGGUCCAGGUGCUCUCACACUUGGCGCAGAACUACACCCAGCUCCUCCUCGACCGGCCGGCAACGCCAUCCCCUGCGUUGAUUGGCGGGCCAUCUUGGCACCUGACUCUGUCGCCCAGCAGCUGGGCGACCUUCCUGCAGUUCUACAUCCACUCGCAGGAGGUCUUCGCCGAGCGGUUCGGGGCGCUGGAGUUCCGCUUCGGCGGCAGCAUGGUCGGCUCGAUGCGGCAGAUGGCAUCCCUCGCCAUGAUGAGCGCCAUCGCACCAGAUGCAUCCUCUUCGUCGUCACGCGGCACCUUCUCUGCGGGGUCGUCGGACGCCCGUGUGCUGCUGCUGCACCUCCUGUCUGACAUUCUGCUGUCCGCUCGGGAGCUGGCGAGAGGCUUGGGUGUGGACUGGGCCCUUUUGGAGUCGCUGGGCGACAUGUACAGCAAGGCGGUGGAGGGCUGCCGCCCUGGGGACGACGGCAUGGUGUGCGACUGGUCGGAGGCGGUGUGCAACCAGCUGCAGCCGCUCCCCUCGUCGGCCCUGAUGGCCUCAACCCUGCUGCUUGAGCUGGUCAGCACACCAAUCGAGCGCAAGAUCGAGGCAUACCUGGACCAGGAGAGCUCCUCGGCCUCCAAGGACGAUGGGCCGCCCAAACAUGAAGACGACGGAGACAACCACAAGCAGGCGGCGGAGGGCGAGCCACCCACUGACGCGGCAGCCGGUGAAGGAGACCAGCCGCAAGCUGCCGAAGCGAGCGACGACAAGGCACCAGAGACGACGGCGUCUGACAAGAAGACCGAGCCUCCCCCUCCAUUUACCGUCCAUCCGGCUGCCCAAGUGUCCACCAAAGCGGACGCCCCUCCACUUCUGCAGCUGACUGGUCGUCGGCGACGCGGCCUUCGCUUCUGUCUGCUGCGGCCGUUCUACGACCCCAACAAGGCGCCGUGUGAGGGGUUCGCGCCACCGAAGCUCGCGGCCGUCAAGGAAGACGAGGGCAGCACAGAGAGGGAGGAGGAGGCGCCCUCCUCAGCGUCACAACCACCUCCACCACCGCCAGCAGCAGCCGCUGAGCCGCUUCCGGCCGUCCUGACGGCCGGUGACAACGAGAGGGAGCGGGCUGCGUCGCUGCGCUACCUGGUCGAGUACACGCGGCUGACCAUCGCGGUGCUCACGGCCAAGUGGGGCGAUAAGGACGUCACGCCGCUCGUCCGGAAGGCCGUCAGCGACGUGGGCGGGGCGGCGAUCGUGCUGCCCCGCAGCCGCGACCUCUGGAUACCCACACUCGACGUCACUGGGUCGGCCACCUGUCCACUCAAGGACAGCAAGCACAAGCCCCGCGGGGCACAGCUAGAGCCCGACUACAACGCGCCUCUGUACCUGGCUUAUGUCAUUGUGAGGGGUGCGACGGGCGAGGUGAUAUCGCGGCACCACGAGGUGGUUCCUGCGGGCCAGACCGUGUUGAUCCCGGCCUUCCCGCCGGCUUGGUUUGACAGGGUGGCCACUGUGUGGGACUUCCUCACUUCGCUCGAGGAUGAGGAUGGCAUUGACGCCGACGCAGACGGCGGGCGGGAGACGAGGAGAACGGCCAAGGGCAGGACGAGGAGGCGGGGAGACUGCACACUCACAGGGGAGAUCGUGGCAUCAGCGCAGUGUGGCCGGCCAGACGUUAUCGACUGGCGGCUCGGCGGGCUCGGCGGCGUCAAGGACAGCAAGAGGGCGGCAUCGGACGCACCUGCAUCCCCAUCGCCCUUGUCGUCUCCCUCUCUCCCGCUGAUGCCCACCACCUUGGCUGAUGCUGCCGGCCGCGGCAGGAAUCCCUGGAUAUCGGAGCUGCUGCUGCGGUCCUAUGUGGACAGUGAGGUGGCCGCUGCUGGCGCCUACUGGCCCGUCUUUCCUGGCCCCAUACCUCUGGCUGACUCCAAGGCCGACAGCAAGACCACCGGUGGUGGUGCCACGAUGGACGAGGACAACACGAACGGAUCGACGUGCACCGUCUCGUCGGCCAUUGACAUGCGGGCACCUUGUAAGGACCGACCGAAACACUUCUCACCCACGCAUCGGACCCAGCGCAUCUCUGUGAGUGUGCUCUGUUCUCUGUCUGUCUGUCUGUCUGUCAGGCACCGUAUCGUUUUGGCUCUUCACCGACCCCCAGCCGGCGGCGAGCGCCCCCACCCCUGCGCCCCAGGCCACCUCCAACGCCAUUCCACCCACCAUCACAGUCCCCAAGCCCGUCAUGCAGGCACCGCCAGUCAUGCCUCGACCAGCUGCUGCAGCCACCGCAGCAGGGGGCGGAGACGCUGCACAAACAGCUACUGCUGGCGAGAGCUCCCCUCCCUCGUCUGCCUUUCAGGACGUCAGAGAGGAGCCCUUCCAGGACGCAGUUGCCGAGUCAGCUGCAGACGACACACAGAGGGGUGCCGGUGCUGGGGGUGAGGAGGCGACGGGAGAGAGAGAGGCCGCGAGGUCCCAGGCGCUUGAGCCCGCCCCUGUGUCUCUGCCCGAGCAGCAGUCGACUGUGAGCGUAAGUGAGGUGUCGGCCGUUGCUGUGGCGUCUGAGAGCGAACAGGCGCAGUCUGAGGCGGCCCCGCGAGACUCAACGGCAUCACAGCCGAGUGACAGUGGCACCGAAGGAGCACCGCAAGAGCAGCCGAGCACCGAGGCGGCCGCAAGCCCCCCGGCACCGGCCAUCGCAGCCACGCCCACUGCGGGACAACAGGAGCAGCAGCAGGCAGACGCCGCACCACAGCCGCCGUCACAGCCGCCGGCUGCUCCCUCCCCAGCCACCCCAGCUAUGCAGCAGCCACCCGUCACUCCUGGCGCGCCAGCCAGCGACGCCUCACCCAGCUCAGCCAGCAUCAACCCCCCACGACCUGUGCGGGCUGCAGCAGAUGGGCCAGGCCUCUGGGCGGCAGAUGCCUUCGACCACGCAGAAAUGGGUGCAGAAGUGGCAGGGCUCAUCCUGCACGUGGAGGCUGCAGAGCACCUGGAAGCCCUGCAGGGCGCCUUCCGCAACGAACUCCGCGAGGCCGCGGCUUGCCGGCUACUGGAAGGGCACUCUGCGGCGGCCGGGGCGACGUCGGGGGCGCAGUGGCGUCUCAUCGCCACUCGAGGCCUGACGAACGCCACGCUGUCAUUCUGGUUGACGGGCGAAGACUGCGUGGCUGUGGUGUUGGCGAGCAUGGAGGGCGGCACUGCGGGCGAGCGGGUGGAGGGCGGCACCCGGACACAGUCGGUGGAGGUCAUCGGCAAGACGGUCGUGCAGCCGGGGAGGUGGACGCACAUCGCCUGCACCAUCGGCGGCCCCGCAGGACAGAUGCAGGUCCUUGUCGACGGCUCACCAGCGGGCACUCGCCGCGUCCCCCGCACCUCCCUGCCAUCGGGGCCUGUUCCCUUCCUGCUGGCCCCGCUGCCCCUCACUCUCACGACCGACAUCCUCACUUUCGCUGAUGGGGGUGGCAGUGGGUCGCGCCGGACGGCCGUCGCGCCCGUCAAGGGCCGCAUAGCCGAUUUCCGCGUCUACUAUCGCGAGCUGGGGGCGCGGGAGCUGCGCAAUGUGAUGGCUGACCAGGACAAGAUGGCCGUCAGAGUGUUGCAGACGCUCAAGGCCGAGGGCGCCUUCCCCUUGUCGAGGCACAACUCGCUUGAAGGAGCUCAUGGCGCCGCGGCCAGUGGCGGUGGCGGGCAGCACCAGGAGGGCGAGGGUAUAGCUGUGGGUGUCGGUGGUCCGGUGGUGGCUGGUGCAGGCGGCCGGCUGAUGCUCGACGUGCUGCCCUUCACUAACGCCGAGUCUGACUCGCUGUUCGACGACCUGGAUGAGGUUGGGGACGAGGGCGAGGCGAGCGACACCCACACGGACCGGAUGGUCAAGAAGCUCAUCGACAAGUGGCGCAGCAUCAAGGACUGGCGAGCCUGGAUGGACCUCCAAAGACCCAUGGGCGUCGACACACGACGGGUGGCCUGGCGGCGAGCUGGAGACACUGGCAAGCACCUCAUGCCGGUCGCAGGGGCAGGUGGGCCGUGGGAGUUGGUGCUCGAAGGAGUGUCGAAGUGGUGCAACGAGACGGUCCUGAGCGACAUAGUGGAGGCCAUCGACCAGUGGGCCGAGGAGGGCACCGGGCCGCCUAGCCCUACUGGCGAACGACGCGCCGCGCCCACACACGACAUCGAGCACGAACACAUUUUGACGGCCGCGCUGCAGCCACGCAUCCUGAGCCGCCACCCGCUGCUGAUGGAUGCGCAGAGGGGCGUGUUUGUGGAGGUGGCCUUCUCCUUUGUGCGGUCGCUCAACCGCCUAAUGGCCUCCAUCGUCCACUGUGUGGACCUCUACUCGCCCUCGCGCACGUCCCUCUUCGCCGCCAAAGUCUCCAGGUUCAGGUGGGUAUGUCAGCAGCACACCGGGAUGCCUGUUGACCACUGAUUGAUGGCACCGAUCCAUUGCGCGCAGGGCUCUGAUCCUCCCCUCGCUGAAGAACUCGCUCUUCAACCUCUGCCUGACCAUGACAGAGGAGGCCCGGGCAGCCGACGGCCGCCUGCGCGUCAUCGUCAACCGACCCAAGGCACUCAGGUCCUUCGAGCGAGGCGCAGACCCCGACGGGCUCAAAUCCGUCUUCGGCCAGACGUACCUCGCCGUCAACUUCCUGGACGCCAAGCGGCUUCGCACGCCGCGGCAGGGCCGCCCCUGGUACGUUCUCUACGAGGGCGAGGGCGGCAUCGACGCCGGAGGGAUGUUCCGGGACUGCCUGACACACUUGUGUCAAGAGCUGCAGUCGAACCGGCUGAACCUGUUUCUGCCCUGCCCGAAUUCCCGGGGGUUCGGCGACAACCAGGACAAGUGGCUGCCCAACAGCUCGGCCACGUCGAGCCUGCAGCUGUCGAUGUACACCUUCCUGGGCAAGCUGAUGGGGGUGGCCAUCCGCGGCCUGCCCUCGCUGGCCCAACCUUCCACCACUGCCUCAACCUGGACCUGCCCUCGCUGCUGUGGAACCCGCUGGUGCACCAGACAGUCACGUUGAAGGACCUGGAGGCCAUGGAUGCGCUCUGUGCACAGACGCUCGACAAGGUGAGUGAGUGAGUCGGCUGUGCCAAUUGGUGUCGUGUGUGCAGGUGGUGGUGCAUCGCAUCAUGUGUUGGUUGUGUCUUAUGUGGUGUGCAGGUGGCGAAUCUUGAGGGCGAGGGCGUGACGGAGGCGACGUUCCGCGACCUGAUCCCCUACACCUUCACGACGACCUCGUCCGACGGGCGUGUGGUGGAGCUGCUGCCCGACGGUGAGCACCGGCCGGUCGAGUGGGACACGCGGCACCUGUUCGUCAGCCUCACCAAGCAGUACAGAGUCAAUGAGUUCCAGCAACAGGUACACUAAUCAGAGAGAAAGGCGGGAAGAUGCAAGGGGUCGGUCGGUCGUGUGGCAUGCAUGACCGUCCAUGUGGUGUGGUGUGUGUUGGGGUCAGAUCCUGCGAUUCGCCGUGGGCUGCAGUUGGUGGUGCCGGUGCGGUUCCUGCACUUCUUCACCGGCAGCCAGGUGGAGCGGCUCGUCUGCGGCACGUCGACCAUAGACAUCGACACACUCAAGGCGCACACGAGAUACGUCGGAUACUCGGUCCGUCCACCCACCCACACCACACCACACACCAAAGACGACACCUCGUCUAUCUCCCCUUUCCUCUCAUUUCACAAUUGUGCAGGCGACCGACCAGGUCAUCCGCUGGUUCUGGGAGGUGAUGGAGGGCUUCCCGCAGAGGGAGCGGCAGCUGUUUCUGCGCUUCGCAUGAGGCAGGUCGCGGCUGCCUCUGC